AUGGCGGACUUGUCUCUCCCUGCGCGCCUGCUCACCGGGGCAGAGCAGCUUGUCUGGUCUACCUACAUGGUCGCGAGGGAGUUCCCGUUUACGAUCCUCCCUCUCAUCCUGAUCGCCUUCGCCAGCCUGGCCCUGUUGGCUUUCUUCAUCGGCCUCCACAUCAUCGCACCCAAGCCACGCGCCCCAUUCCCUUCCGAAAAGACAUACAUCACCACCACUCCCGAUGGCGUCACGUCCCGGCCCCUACCGUGCUGGUUCGACCGAUGGGAUGCCGAGCGCAAGCUGAGCGAGGCCGCCGCAGCCAGCAAGAAUGCCUUCGACGUCCCAGACACCGGAUCGGUCGAGCCCGCAGACGUCGAGGUGUCGGUCGUGAUCCCGGCCUACAACGAGGAGAAGCGCAUCCUCCCGGCCCUCGAGGAGGCGGUCGUGUACCUCGACGCCAGGUUCGGCCGCCCCACCGGCGACGACGGGAAGAAGCGCAUCGCCAGCCCCCUUACCACCCCUCACCACCGGCAGGUGUUCAGGCGGACCAGGGCGGACGCCGCCCGGGACGGGGAGCCCGCCGCCGGCUACGAGAUCAUCAUCGUCAACGACGGCAGCCGCGACAAGACAGUCGACGUCGCCCUCGACUUCAGCCGCCGGCACGGGCUCCACGACAUCCUGCGUGUGGUCAACCUCGAGAAGAACCGCGGCAAGGGCGGGGCGGUGACGCACGGGUUCCGGCACGUGCGCGGCCAGUACGUCGUUUUCGCAGACGCGGACGGCGCGUCCAAGUUCAGCGACCUGGGCCGGCUGGUGGAGGGGUGCGAGGACGUCGUGGACGCGAGCAACCGCGGGGUGGCCAUCGGGUCGCGGGGCCACCUCGUGGGCAGCGAGCAGGUGGUGCAGCGGUCGGCGCUGCGCAACUUCCUCAUGAAGUCGUUCCACUUCGUGCUCAUGAUCCUCACGCCGCCGGCGACCUCGCGCAUCCGCGACACCCAGUGCGGCUUCAAGCUCUUCUCGCGCGCCGCCUUGCCCCACAUCGUCCCCUACAUGCACAUGGAGGGCUGGAUCUUCGACAUCGAGAUGCUCAUGCUCGCAGAGUCCGCGCCGCCCACCCCCGUCGUCGCCAGCGACGGCUCCGUCAUCGGCCUGGCCCCGGGCAUCCGCGUCGCCGAGGUCCCCAUCGACUGGCACGAGGUCGAGGGCACCAAGAUGAACAUUAUCAAGGACAGCAUCGGCAUGGCCCUGGGCAUGGUCAUCCUGCGCGGUAGUUGGAUGUUUGGCGUCUACCGGCGGCGCAUCACAUGA